AUGAUGACGGAAUCAAAAGGAUCUGAGAAAGAUCACAACCAAAACAUUGAUAUUAACGCUCUGUUAUCGAAUGAAUUGGAAAAGUUCAAACGAAAUAUAUCGGAAGAUCUUUCAAGGAUGAUUUAUGCUGUUGAAGCUGUUGAUGGAAAUAAAGACGGUCAGUUGAAGAAAGCAGUGAUACGAGCAAGCGAAAUAACCAAUGAUGCACAUAUUGCACUGAUUCCUUACAAGAACGGAAGUGUGUAUGGGGCUGCAAUCUUCAUAAAAUUUAAAUCACAGAAGCAAAUUGAAACAAUCGAAUUCAUGGACUCAGCAGAAAAUUCUAACAUUGCUAUAGACAAUCUCCAGAAUGAAAUAAAUGAAAUAUAUCCAGCGGCAUUUCUACGCUGGCGAAUUGUUGGCAAGCAUUCCAAUCCAGUACAAUGUACUAACUUAACUGUUGAAAGUCUACUACGAGCUACUUCAGAAGCUCUAUGUAUUAGUGAACAACAAACAGGAGGGAAGAGUUCACACACGCAACCAUUCAAGGAUGAUAAGUCAGUGAGUGCCUUACUCAAGGAUGACCAGAAGUCUUCCACGUCGUCAUCGUCUGGAAAUCGUUCGCCAAAACAUCGGCUAUUGAAGCAAAUCUCCCAGAGUGAAAUCGAACCGAAAAUAAUGCAAGAAGAAUCUAGUCCGUCUUCAGUAACUUACGGAAAUAAUCAGCCAACGUCGAAAUUUAGAAAGUCGAUUGCAACGAUCAAUUCUGAAGACAGAGAAGCCCUCCAUGAACCAGAAGCAUCAACAAGAUUAAGUGAAGUUGCAGAAUUUGAAUGUCGUAAUAAUGAUAAUGAAAACAAACACCACAUUACAGAUCAAAGUGUGAUAAAUUUGUAUCACGAUUUUACGUCAAUGCCACUUUGUGCAGAAAGAUUUACCAUUAAUCUGUUAUAUUUAGUUUCACUCAAAUUUAUCAAUGUUGAAAACUUACGGGAUCCCAAUAUUGUAAUACCAGAUGACAUAGGGACAGCGAUGUCAGAGCAGCUGAACUGUUUGAAAGAACGAUUGAUAGUUGAAGAUUUUCGAUCGAAAGCAAUUCAAAAUUUGGUAGAAACAUGUUGUGUCAACAUCAAGAGCAAGAAUUGGCAAGCUAUAUUGACAAAAUUGAAAGAAUUAUUUCUAAACCUUAGUCCGCUGAAUAUGCAGGAAUUAUUUAGGCUCGUCAAAAAAGUUGAUGAAACCACACAUUUAAUAGAAGGUAAAGAUAUUAUUCUUUUUCUUGGAGAAACUGGUGCAGGUAAAUCAACGGCUAUUCAUUUUUUUGCCGGCUCUACAAUGACGCGAGUCAAGGUAAACGGUUUAAAUCAUAUUAGUCCUACCAAUAUACAAAACCCUGAACUCCAAAGAGUAGUAACUUCGCCAUUUGCUCGAUCUGAAACUCGAUAUAUUACUUCUGUUGAAGUCAAUUACAGAAGUGUUGGAGCAUCCACUAAUGGCAGUAUCAUACUAUGUGAUACUCCGGGUUUCGAGGAUACUAACGGACCAGAAGUUGAUAUUGCAAAUGGGAUUGGCGUUGUUAAAGCAGUAAAAGGAUGUAAAAGUGUUAAGCCGCUUGUAUUAUUUAGUUAUAAAAGUAUAGGUGAUAGAUGUAGUGGUAUAAAACAAUUAGCUCAUGUCAUAGUUGGAUUGAUACCAAAUAUCAAAGAUCAUAUACAAGCUAUUUCAUAUAUCUUUACAAAAUUUCCCGAAGAAGAAAGAAAAUCUAUUCAUGCUAUGCUGCAGGAUGUCAAUGAUGAAUUGAAUACAGAAGAAAAAUCGAAUGUUAGUUUUACAAGUUUCCUAAAAGAUAUGUUGAGAAAAACAAAAAAAUCAACAGUAGUCUUAGAUCCAGUUAGUGAUGAACCAGGAGAAAUUCUCGAUGAUCUAGCUGGUUCUGCAUCUAUUGACCAUCCUGAUGAAGCAUUUCAAUAUUUUACUGCUGAAAAAUCAAAAGCUAUUGUACAAGAACAAGUGAGAAGACAUCAAAUCGGUAUAAUGUCUGCAAUAAAACGUUAUGAAUACGAUUUCGUUGAAUAUAAAUUAGAUCAAUUAAAUGCUUUAUAUAAAUUACUUGAGCAAGAUGAUAUAAAACAAGUUUAUGAUAAUUGUCUUCAAUAUAUCAGUAAACUUCUUAAUGAAGCAUAUCAGGACAGUAUUUCAACGUUUAAUCGUUGUUUAACUAAUCAGACAGUUUUAAAUACUGAAGAUAUCGAACGAUAUCAAAUAUCUAUCAAUCAUGCUAAACUUGCUGAUAGAUUGAAAGAGAGAUAUUUAGUAGCGCAAAAUGUUUUUCAUAGUAAGGCAUUUAUUGACAAUCUCAUUGAACAAGUUGAUAUAAUUAUGAAAGAUCUAAAACCAGAAGAUCUUGAUAAAUUAUCAACUAAGAUUACUUUAAAUAAGAUAAAACUUCUUGCUAAAUAUUUUCAAGAGAUCAACAAUAAAUAUAAAGAUAUUUGUAAAAUAUUUGCUGACGAAUAUGAUCGAAUAGUUCAAUCGCUUAAGAGUACACUCCAUGAAAAGAAUAUGAUCAUAAUAGAAAAUUGCUUAAAAAUACUUUCUGAUGCAUGUACUAUUUUAGAAGAUCAUCUAGAUAAAGAAUUUCUUAAAAGAAAAUAUAACGAAUCAAAAUCGGCUUUUCUUCAAGAUUUUCGUAAUUCCGUCAGAGAAUUCAGUAAAGAUAUUUCAAAAGAAAUAUAUAAUGAUGCGAUUAUUAACAAUUUAAUGCAAUGUUUAAAUUUAUUUGAAACAGUAAGAAAAGCAACCGAUUUACAAAGACAUAUCGAUCAAAAGGAUAUUAGUAGUUCAUACGAAUGUUUCAUAAAGGAAAUUUUAGGACAUUAUAAUCAAAUAAACGAGAGAAUAAUAACUGAACUAAGAAGUGAACGCUCAUAUAGUAAAAUAAAAGUAUUAUUCGAAGAGAUUACGUUAAUUCGAAAAAUCCCUCCUAUUGAAACAGAAACAAAUAGCGAUUAUUAUAGAACACUCGAACACAUUUGUGGGUACAUAAGAGAAUUGAGAAGAGAUAUUGAAUCAGUCUUAAAUGGAUUCGAUUCAAAUCGACAGAACAAUUAUAAUGCUCUUAUGAAAUGCAUUUCGAAUUUAAAAAGUGCUCAAUGGAUUGAAAAUCAUCGAAAAGACGUUUACUCAGAUGUCCUUGAUAAUACUAAACAACAAAUCGUUCAGUAUGUUAAACAUUUACAAAGAACAAUAGCACAAAAAGAUAUAGAUCUUGAUAAUCCCAGUAAUAUUGCAUUUGUAAGUUGUAAAGUAUUGGAAAUUAAUGAAAUGAAAGCUAUUGAAGAGAUUGUACCAGAUAUAGUUCAGAUUAUAGGAACAGUGAAUGAAUAUUUCAAAAAUCAAAUAGGCAAUGUACUUAAUAGCAUUAGAACAACAUUCAAUAUUGAUUCUUGGAAACAAAGAACAUCUCAAUUGGUUGAUUUUAAUGUAGCUGAGAAAGGAUUUAAGUUUUUAGAUGAAUGCAGAUCAAUAGAUAUUUCAUUUGGAAUCGAUUCAGCAUCUGUUCUUGCAACAUUAAGAAUUUUUAUAAGAGAGUAUAGCAUUAUCAUUCAAAAGGAAAUAAAAGAUUGUUUUAACUUUAUAAAAGAAUUUCAAAAUGGUGAUAAAAAAGACAUAUUUGCCAAAGUUACAUUAUUAUUUGAGCGUUUAGAAGAAAUAUCUGACAUAACAGAUAAGCAUCCAAUUGUUCUUGAACAACUUCAUAAUAGAAAAAUUAGAGAUGAGUGCAAACGUGAUUUAGAAAUAUAUGUAGAAGAUUUAUCAGGCGAAUUAAAUUUUCUAAAUUCUGAAGAAAAUACUGAAGCCUUUCACAAUAAACUAUUAGUAGCCAAAGCUCUGAGUACAGUUGAUCCAUUUAUACGGGGCAAAAAGUACAAUGAAAUUUACUCUACAUAUCAAAGAGUAUUCAUUGAUGCAGCUGGUGAACGCGGUAAAAGAGUAAUAGACAAUAUUAACAAUUUUAAAUAUGAAGAAAUUCAAAUUGAUUUGGAAACAUUAAGAACAUCGCAAGAAGCUGGGCAAGGGCAACGUUAUUUUGUACAAGCUAAACGGGUAUUUAAUAUUAGUUUAUAUACUUUAUUGGAAGCAACAAAAACUCAAGCUAUUAUGCUUGGAUCGAAAUUAGAAUUCGAUGCAAUUAAAGCAAUAGUAGAUAAUUUAAAACGAAUGGAAAACGCAAAAAGAUACAUGUCAGAAUAUACGGAUAAAUUAGAUCUAAUAGAUAGCUGUGCAAGUGAAGUUAAAGGAUUAAUUGAAGGACGAAUGAGAAAUUUUUUAACUAGUGUUAGAGCUGUCAAUAAUAUGGGUAACUUUUAUGAAGCCGGUGAACGAUUAAAACAUAUACAAACAGUCAAAGACUUGCUAGGCAUAUAUUGUACAGAAUCUAUUUCUCAAGAAAUAGAAACAUUGAACCAAAAUCAAGAUGAAAUUUUAGGGAAUGUUGUAGUGAGAAAAUACAUAGACACAGAUAUUAGUGAAUAUACAUUGAAUCCACCAAAAGAUAUAUUUGAUAGAUUAGAAAAGGUAAAAGAAACAGACGAAAGAUAUGUUAAAGCAUUAGAUGAAUUACGUAAAGGUAUCAGAAGUAAAUUUCGAAAAGAAUUAGAUGAUGCUCUUAAAAGGAAACCACCCGAUCAUGAUAACAUUCAUAUAAGAAGAUUUGAAGCAGCAAUAAAAUAUUUGCCAAAUGAUUUGCAAACAGGUCUUGAAAUAGAAUUUAAACAUUGUAAAGAACAAAUAACUAAAGAUAUUCAGCAAAAUGAUAAAGAAUUGGAUAGUGCAUGUAAUAGCAACGACAUUAGACGUAUAAAAGAAUUGAUUGAAAGAUAUCGACAAACAGAUGGUAUGCAACAUUAUAUCGAUAAAGGUCAGGAACAGGUUCGUCAGCAGACACAAGAAAUUAUAUCGAUAAUGAAAAAAAAUUUGAAAGAAUACAAAAUAAAAGAAGCAUUGUCCCAUGUUGAAAAACUUGAUUCUUAUAGAAUUGACCUAGGGCAGGUUCUUGAUAUGGAACAUUUGUGUACGAAAACUCGAUUAGAAAUAACAAACACAUUUCAAGAAGUAUAUGUUAAUUGCAUGAAAUAUUUUUCGAAAGAAGAAAAACAAUCAUUUAACGAUGAAAAAAUCGAAAUACCAACAAAUGACAUUUUUUGCAUGAUAGACUUUACCAAAUUUCGAGACAGACAUAAUAAAGAUAGUAUUUUAGAACACAUGUUUCCAAACGAUUUCGAUAAAAGCCUUAAGAAUUUUAGUGUAACUUUUGUAAAUUUUUUUAAUGAAUGUGAAAAAAACUACAAAAAAGCUACAGAGAAUAAUGAUUUUACAUUAUAUGAAAAUGUUUUAUCUAUUAUGACUAAGUGGAAUAAUUUAUUAAUAGAAAUAAAAAAUGAGCGUUAUGACUUAGAUAAGGAAGAUAAUUUAAUGAUAAAUAUAGUUACAUGUGUAAAAAAGCUAACACCUAGUUCAUUUAUGUUAGAUACAAUAUCAAAAUUUAUUAAAAAACUAACAUGUGAAAUAAUACAAACUAGAAUAAUCAAUGAUGAUAUUAAUGAAAUAGAAAAAGAUCGAGAACAGCGCUUUAAAAGCUUGAAUAAGAAAUUUUCAAUUUUAAUCGAUGCUAAAAAAGUUGGUUCUUUUCUUUCCGAUAUUGAUAUAAAUAGAUUUGAAAGCGAAUGUCUGACAGGAUUUGAAAAAAGCAUUACCGAGACAUUUUCACUGAUUGAAGUUAUUUUGAAACGUGUUUUUGGAGAAAAUCGUUUUUCAAAUGCAGACAGUAUUGAUUUUAAUAAGUAUUAUUAUAAUUUAGUAUCAUAUAAACAGGAAAUGACAUUAGCUCCAUGUGGAGUGGAAGCAAAGCUUGAUAAAAUUCGACGAACUGUCAAUGAAAAUAUUGAAAAUUGGGCAGAUUCUAUUGAAACUGAUAGAACAACUCAAAAUGUCUCCUUAAUGUUAAUAAAUAUGAAACGUGUUGCGAGGAAUAUGUCUGCAUUCAAAGCAACGAUUGAUGCUCGCAUAGAUGAGUCAUUAAAUAAUUAUAAAAGAUUUAGUAAUGAUAAUUUAGCUAUUUCAAAAUUAGGCACAAUUUUAAAUCAGGAUACAAUGGGUAUCGGUCAAUAUAUAAUAGGAGAACACAAAAUAUUUGAAGGAUAUUCAACGUCUAUAUUUAAUGAAAAAACACAAAAACAUGAUAUAAAUUAUGUUUUAGAUAACUUAGAUGGUGAUUUGAUUGAUUCAAAGUUGUUAAGAAAACGAUUCGAUGAAUUUGAUAAAAUGUAUAAAGAGUUAAUUAAAAAAUAUCUAAAACCUGAUAUGAAAUUAGAACCAUUAGUGUCAGAUAUUAAACUCAUUGCAGGAAUUAACAAACAAAAGCCAGAUGAUAUUGAAUGGGACAUACUUAAGGGUAAGAUUCCACGAUUAGCAGCGCAUAUUUUUGCACUAUGGACACUUAGGUCUGCAGAACAUUAUUUUGAAGCUAAGGGCUCAAACAAUCAGGAUAGUUAUUUACUUCAACCUCAUGCAGCUCAAAUUGUCAGUAUAUUUCGUAUGCUUGGUAUAGGUGAUAAGAAAGAGGAGUUAAGCAACAAUUUAGUCCAAAUAGGUACAGGUGAAGGAAAAUCUAUAACAUUAGGAGCUACAGCUUGCAUACUUGCAUUACUCGGUUUUGAUAUUUAUUGUGCAUGCUAUAGUCAAUAUUUAAGUCAGAGAGAUUAUAAAGCAUUUCUACCGCUAUUUGAUUCGUUAGGUGUAGUAAAUUACAUACAUUAUGGUACAUUUAAUGAACUAUGUGAAGAAAUAAUUAAUGAAGAUGGCGAAAUUCGUCAAACAGUUGAACAGAUUAUUUCUCAAAAUUUGGGUAAUAUAGCGAUAAGAUCUAAAGCAAAUAAACGUGCUAAAAUAUUAUUAAUAGAUGAAGUUGAUAUCUUUUUUAGUCAAGAAUUUUAUGGUAAUCUUUAUACACCUGUAGCAAGUUUACGAGAUCCCACUAUAACAGCAUUAGUUUAUCUCAUAUGGAAUAACAGAAAUUCAAAAAUGAAUAUUAAUCAAGUGAAAGAUAAACCUGAGUACCAGGCAUGCAUUAAUAAAUAUCCAAAUUGGAUGAAUUUAGUUGAUGAAGCUGUUAAAGAUAUGCUUUUUGAUGUACAUAAUUUUGCAUCACAUGGUUAUACUGUUAAGGACGGUCAAAUCGCAUAUAUUGAACAAGAUAAUGUUGUUUAUAAUGUUUCUUAUGGUUAUAAAACUUUAUUUGCCUAUCUUCAUGAACAUGAAAAUAGUAACGAAAUAAGUAAAGCAACUGUAGAAAAAAAUAUUUCGAUUGAAAUCAAAUGUGGUAGUUUUUCUUAUGCUGAAAUUCCGCUUGAAUUUAACCAUAUGAUGGGUGUAACAGGUACAUUAAGAACUUUAAGUGAACCUGAGAGAAAAGUAAUACAGGACGUAUAUAAAAUUAAAAGAAAUACAUAUAUGCCAUCAGUAUUCGGUGCACAUGAUUUGAAAUUCAGAGAAAGAGAUGACAUUAAAAUUGAAAAUGAGUACGACUAUUUUAACGUAAUAAAACAAGAAAUAGAGGAUAGAUUACGCGGAAUAUCAUCGGGCGAACGUGCUGUAUUGGUAUUUUUUGAGUCAGAAAAAAAAUUAAAUGAAUUUCGUGAUUCAAAAGCGUUAGCUUUACUAAAGGAUUAUGUCUUCUGUUUAACAGAACAAACGUCAUUAGAAGAAAAAGAAUCAAGAAUAAAAUCUGCAACUGUAUCUGGAAGAGUAACGUUAUUUACCAGAACAUUCGGUAGAGGAACUGAUUUUAUAUGUUAUGAUCAAACCGUUCUUUCAAAUGGAGGUACUCAUGUUAUUCAAACAUUUCUUUCUGAAGAAAUAUCAGAAGAAGUACAAAUAAAGGGAAGAACAGCAAGACAAGGUAAUAGAGGAUCGUACAGUAUGGUUUUAUUUGAUCGUGAUCUUGAGAAAUUCCAAAUAGAAAAGACUGAUAUUGAAGAUAUUAGAGCAGGCAAAGGAUUUCUUAGCCGUUUAGCUGGCAUUGUUGGGAUAACGAAGAGUUAUAGGACUAUGUAUGAACUUCUAAAUGAAAAACGCACUGACACAUUUAAAGCACGAUACGAUAAUAAUAGGAAAUUUGUCGAACAUGCUCGAAUUAAACAUAAAGAAGCUAAAAAAUUUUUAUGGAAUCUUACUAAUGGUAAAAUUGAUGACAUUAAAAUGUUUCUAGUUGAAGAAAAUAAGGGAGCAGUAGGCUCACCAACCUCAAGAACCGUUUGUCUAAUGGAUGCAACAGGCUCUAUGUACGCGUUGUUACAUAAAAGUAAAAAUGCAGUAGAUAUUAUGUUUGAGAGAGCUUCAGCAAUUCUAAAAGAAAAGGGUUUCGCAUCGAAUUCGUUUGAAAUUCAGUUUGCUGUAUACAGAAAUUAUAACAGUAAAGAAGAAAAAAUUCUACAAUAUUCACCUUGGGAAACAAAACCAGAUAAUUUACGUGCUUUUAUGAAUACGAUUGAAGUCGAAGGAGGUUGGGGAAAUGAAGCUAUUGAAAUUGGAUUGUGGCAUGCGAACCAGGAAAAUAGCAGAGAACCUAUUACACAGGUUAUUUUGAUAGGCGAUGCCCCUCCAAAUACACAGGUCGAGGUAAAAGAUAGAAGAAAACAGUACGGCGAACGGUAUUGGUUAGGGACUAAAUUUGGAAAACAGACAUAUUAUGAAAAUGAGCUGGAAAAUUUAAAAACGUGUAAAAUUCCCAUACAUGCGUUUUACGUUGUAGAACCAGCGAAAGAUAUUUUUCAAAAGAUUGCUCAGAAUACGGGAGGACGUUGUGAAAUGCUAGAUAUAAAUUCUAAAGCAGGCGCGAAAAUGUUGACAGAUUUGGUAACCGAGGAGAUUCUUAACAAUAUCGGAGGAUCUGUAAAAGGUGACGUUCUUGUUAAAGCAUAUAGAGAAAAAUAUUCCAAAAAAGAAUAA